GAUGGAUGAUGCAUGCAUGCAGCCCUUCUAUAAAUCCAGCUAGCGUGUUAGUUAACGCUGGACUUCCAUUCGAAAAUGGGACUUGUCAUCAUCUUGUAUGCCGUUUCCAUAGCAACACUACUAGUCCUCCUUUGGUUUCACAAGCCCGGAGUAGUCACCGUUCCCGGCGACGAGAAGCGACGUCGACGACUUCCGCCUGGACCAUGGACCCUUCCAGUCAUCGGCAGCAUCCACCACGUGGCGCGCGGCCUAGGACACCGCACCAUGAUGGAGCUGUCCCGUCGGCACGGCCCCCUCAUGUUCCUCCGCCUCGGCGAGGUCCCGACGCUGGUGGUGUCCAACGCCGAGGCGGCGGAGCUGGUGAUGAAGACCCACGACCUCGCCUUCUGCUCCCGCCCGACAACCAGCGUCACCAUCGACAUCGUUGGCUGCAAGGGCAAGGGGCUCGGCUUCGCCCCCUACGGCGACCGGUGGCGCCAGAUGAAGAAGAUCGUCGUGGUGGAGCUUCUCAGCGCCGCGCAGGUCAAGCGCAUCGAGUCCAUCAGAGCCAACGAGGUGGGACGCCUCCUCCAGUCCAUCGCCGCCGCCCGUGGAGCCGUCAACGUCAGCGCCGAGGUGAAGGCGCUCGCGCCGGACCUCGUGGCGAGGGCCAUGUUCGGUGGCAACUGCGCCGAGAAGGCCGACUUCAUCCGCCGGUACAACGAGGUCAGCCAGCUGGUGUCGGGCUUCUUCCUGGUGGACCUGUUCCCGUCGUCGAGGCUGGUACGGUGGCUGAGCAUCGGCGAGCGCCGUCUCCUGAGGAGCUACGGCGGUAUCCAGCGCAUCAUCGCGUCCAUCAUCGAGAGCCGCAAAGCUGCCAGCACCAGCGACGAUGGGGACAACUGCAGCUUGCACGACCAUCCUGCAGAGGAUCUUCUCGGCGUGCUGCUCAGGCUGCAGAAGGAGGGCUCGCUAGCUUUCCCUCUCACCUCCGAGAUUAUAGGCGCCGUCAUGUUUGACAUAUUCGGAGGUGCCACCACAACCCUAGGGUCCACGAUGGAGUGGGCUAUGUCAGAGCUAAUAAAGAAACCAGAGACGAUGAGAAAGACACAAGAGGACCUUCGUCACGUGCUAGGUGGGCCACAACGAGGUGUCAUCACAAACACUGAUCUUGUUGGGCUCACCUACCUACCAAUGGUUAUUAAGGAGGUUCUUCGGCUACAUCCUCCAAACCCUCUGCUGGUCCCGCGUGAGUCUAGAGAGGAUUGCCAAGUCAUGGGCUACCACAUUCCCAAAGGCACCAAGGUGCUCGUGAAUGCAUUUGCGAUCUCCAGGGAUUCCAGAGAUUGCAUUGGCAAACCUUCUCUACCACUUCGACUGGGCUCUUCCGGAUGGAGUACACCCAGAGAUGGUGGACAUGUCUGAGCAAUACGGGAUGGGUGUCACCAAAAGGUUAGACCUGCAUUUGAGAGCCAUCCCAUAUGUAUACUCUACUAUGGCAUAGGUAUGGGGGUGGUAAAAGCUACCUGCACCUUAACUUGAGGUCCUUCGAUGAUCGAUCAUUGCAUCUUCCAUUUUCUGAAUAAGGGUGAACUUUUUCUAUGCCCAUCUUGUAGGUCACUGGUUUGUUUUACAUAGAGCAACUUCAGGAGCUUCCUAAAUGAAACUUCUACUUUGUUUUUUGCCAAAAAGAGAAAAAGUACCCCUCUAAGAGUUUGAAAAACAAGUCCAUUAAAAGUAAGAAAUUGGAUGUAACUUUCUGUGGUGGAUAGCAACUCCAUGUUCGCUCA